UCUGUGGACUGGCUGUCGACAACGUCCCUGACCAAGGAGAGAAGAGCAGGCAAUCUGAGAACGAGGGAAAAAAGGGCCACCGGCUGCAAAAUGAUGUCUCUCAAGGAGCUGUGUGCCUAUGAAACACCAUCCGUCGCCGAAAUGCAGAACUUCAUGUUGGCUGACAGACGGCCCACUGGACAUGUCAACCAAGUGUGGCCUAAUGUGUACAUUGGCAAUGAGGUUGCAGCACGAGACAAGUCAAUGUUGCAUAAUAUGGGGAUCACACACAUUGUGAAUGCUGCUAGUGGACCCCCUCAUGUAAACACUGGACCGCGCUUUUACAGAGACAUGGAUAUUGAUUACUAUGGAGUGGAGGCUGAUGAUUCCUCAGAUUUCAUCAUAAGUGUGUUUUUCUAUCCCACAGCAAGGUUUAUACGAGCUGCGUUGUCAAAAAACGGAAGAGUGUUUGUCCAUUGUCUGAUGGGAGUGAGCCGCUCUGCCACCAUGGUGUUGGCCUUCCUCAUGAUCUGUGAGGAUCUUACACUAAUGGAGGCCAUUAAAGCAGUACGGCUACACAGGGAUAUUUGUCCUAAUCCUGGCUUUCUUAACCAGCUUCGACAUCUUGACAUGAGCCUCGUCCGAGAGAGGAAGAAAAAACUGGAAGCUAACAAAUUAAAAGCUCCUGAAGACAAACCAUUGGCCUCUCAACUGCAGGCAGUGUAUGAGACGCCAUCUAUAUCGGAUCUGCGGUGUCUGCUGCUGACAAACAGACAGCCUUUCGGACCUGUCAGUCUUAUCUGGCCCAGCCUCUACAUCGGAGAUGAGUCAACGGCUCGUGAUAAAGGACUCCUCGCUGAUCUGGGAAUCACUCAUGUUGUAAACUGUGCCGACGGACCGCAUCGCAUCAACACGGGUGCCCAGUUCUACUCAGACACGAGUAUAAGUUACUGUGGAGUGGAGGCUUCAGAUCACCCACAGUUUGAUUUGAGCCAGUAUUUCUGCUCCACUGCAUCCUUCAUUAAAGCUGCACUCACUCAAAAUGGCAAAGUGCUGGUUCACUGUGCAAUGGGUGUGAGUCGCUCCGGAGCCUUGGUCCUGGCCUUCCUCAUGAUGUGCGAGAACCUCACUCUUACGGACGCCAUCAUCGCUGUCAGGUUGAACAGGGACAUCUGUCCCAACUCAGGCUUUCUAGAGCAGCUGAGAGCUCUGGAUAACCAACUAGAGAGAUAAUGCUCUUAAAAACGAAGGUGCUGUCAUUUACUCACCAUCACAUUUUUUCAAACCUGUAUGACUGCUCUUCAUAUAGCUUCACAAGACAAAUGCAGUCAUAUAGAUACCUUUUAUGAUACUAGAAAAAGCAUAGAGAUAUUGGAAAAGCAUACAUUAUAUUUAUAUAUUUAUAUUUUUAUAUAUAUAUAUAUAUAUAUAUAUAUAUAUAUAUAUAUAUAUAUUUUAUAUAAUUUCUAUUUUUGUGAAAAAAUCUGGAAUGAUAGGAGUAAAUGACGUGAGGACAUUUUGAUAACAUGACUGACAUACUUUUAAUAUGAACAAAAGCACUGAAAAAAAAAAGUUCAAAAGUUUGGGGAGAGUAAGAUUUAAAAAAAAAAAAGAUUUUAGAAGUCUCAUUAUGCUCUCCAAAGCAGCAUUUAUGAGACAAAAAUACAGUAAAAAAUUCCUGUGACGGCAAAGCUGAAUUAGUCAUGUUAUCCUUCAGAAAUAAUUCUAUGCUGAUUUUCUGCUCAAGAAACAUUUCUUCUGUCGGUGCCAAUAGCCUCGUGGUUAGUGCGCCUACAUAUAGCGCAACUGUGCUCACGGCGACCCGAGUUCGAUUCCUGUCUCGAGGUCCUUUGCUAAUCCCGCCCCCCUCUCUCCACCCAAUGCUUUCCUGUCUGCUCUCUACUACUGUCUAAUAAAGGCAUAAAAAGCCCAAAAAUAUAACUUUGAAAAAAGAAACAUUUAUUAUUAUUAAUGUUGAAACCUGAGCUGCUUAAUGUUUUUGUGGAAACCGUGAUACAUUUUUUACCCAAAAUUCUUCAAUAAAUAGUUCGAAAGAACAGCAUUUUGUGACAGAAAACGUUUGUAACAAUGUAACUUCUAAAUGUAAAUAAUUUAAUGCGUCCUUCCUGAAUAAAAGUAUUAUUUCUUUUGAAAAAAUAAAUAAAUAUUGACCCCAAAUUUUGAACAGUGGUGUUAAUAAUGAGUGAUACUUUAACAUAUGCAAGAGACAUUGAAGAAGCAGCUUUAUAUCAAAUUAUGAAUCAACUUUAAUGGAAGAUGAACUGCUGUAAUACUGUUUCAACAGAGAGAAACUAUAAAUAAGAAGAUCAUUGUGCUGCUAUCUCAGGCAUGAAGUAUGAACGUCACUCCCCACAUACUGCGCACAUAUUUCUUUACAUUUUCUACAUUUCACACAUAUGCUAUAACAUACUUUAAAGGAGUAUAUAAAACAAUGUCUAACGGAAAUCUAGCUCGAGUCACAAAUUUCUUUUGGAACAAAUGUGCUGGAAUGAUUUGAAAUUCAUGAAAAUUAAGACUUCGCCUCACAGUAAUAUAGCUGCUUUUGUGGGAAAGAAAGAAGAUUUCAAGGUUGAAGGAAUAAGUGAACCUGACAAAACAGUAAAAGGAAUUCAACAUCACCAAUUUAAUGACUUCCCUGUCAAGGUGAGUGAUGGUGGUGACUGAGUAUGAGAGGAGGGGGAAAAAAAAACAUCCAAUGCUGAUGGUUUUGAAAACCAUCCCUCUCCGGAGAUGAUUCAUGUGUCCUUUUCACAUAUCUGGGAAGCGAAAAGCAAUUACCAUUCCAUUUGCAGCGGCCAAGCUCGCAUUACAGAGACUGUGUUAAACUCGGUUCAAAAAAGAAACACCUUUUGGAUUAAAUUACAAGCACAGCUCUACAGAGAUUUCCUAUUUUUGUCAAAUUUAGUCACUGGGCGCCAGGAAGGACAGCUGCCUGUAGGAGGGCUCGCAGCAGGCAGUGUAAGGAGGGAAUAAUUGGCUGGUGGAAUUGGGCCCAGGCUGUACCGUCUCCUCUGGGACAAAAGUCAGAUUCACUGGCCUUUGACUGAAGCUGCCAUCUUCCUCCCUUGUAUCUGUCACAAACCACAAACAUGACAACACAAGCACGAUCCGUGAUGAGAACAUGAUUUUUUUCAAAUUUGCAUAAUGAUAUGAUAUUCCAUUCCUCAGGGCUAUGGGGCAUGUUUGGGGGUGUCUUAUAGACCAAUUUUUCCCAUGUAGAUUUUGAGCAGUUUUUAAGGCGCUAACAUGCUGUGCAGAGGUGUACAAACAAGCUUUCCGUUCAUAACGGGGGUUUAUACUGACAGUGAGGGAGCAUAUUCACAUUUCUGGGUUUGGAACGUUUGGAAUAAAUUUUAGCAGGGUUAACUUCUGCAGCAAAUAUAAUUUUAGAGUCCCCAUUAGCUUCAAUAGCAAACAUGGGAAUAUAACAAAGCAAUAUAGUGUUACAAAAAUAAAAUAAUUUUUCUUUAAAGUUAUUUUUGGCAUUUUCGCCUUUUUUAUUGGAGUAGGACAGUAUGAAGUGGAAGGGGGGAUCGGGAAAAGUCUGCGAGCUGGGACUUGAACUCGGGACACCCGAAGCACAACGGCGCUACAUGUCGGCGUGCUGCCCAUGAGGAUAUUGGCGCUGACAAAAUUUUUCUUAAAUUAAAAAAUAAAAUAAAAAAAAAUUCUCCUAGAAAUAACAUUAAUGACCAUUAAUACCCGUUUUAGUUAGCUUACAAACUAGAAUAGCAUACAAAUACUCAAUUAGCCUGAUUAGAUUUAUACACCAUACAUUUGCACUUACCCUUCUUGAAUUCACAACUCUCUUUAAUACAUGUGACCCUUCGCAAAAAGCUUGCUUGACAUUCGAUCUGACCAAUCAUAAUGCCGAAUCUGCCAUUUUUGCCUGACAAACAAACUAGACAGGAGAGUAGAUUACCAUAGUUGGACUCAUAAAAUAAAAAUAGUGUGUAUUGACAUCUUUCCGCGGUUGAAGUGAGAUACCUUCUGAUGUUCAUUCACGUUUAUUUCACGCUAUAACUAGUAAAGAUGAAGAGAUGAUCCGUUCACGUGCCGCUUGAACUGAGGCGCUACAGCAGGGUUCCUCAAAUCUUUCCCUGGAGGGCCAAUCUGCUGCAGAGUUUAGCUCCAACCCUGAUCAAACUCACCUACCUGUGAUUUUCUAAUGAUCUUGAAGACACUGAUUAGCAUGCUCAGGUGUGUUGGAUUAGGGUUAAACUCUGCAGGAAAGUGGAUCUCGUGGGCCAGAUUUGAGGAUCCCUGUGCUACAGCGAUCCAACACACAUUAAAGAGCCACAUGCGGUGACUACCAAUAUGAGUGCAGAAAGUGAUCCACAGCUUGGAUACCAGUCAGAUUGCUUAUUAGAAGCCGACAGAUCAUUGAUUUAAUCACUUUAGUCACACAAUAGGGAAACGGUUACAUGAAUCUGGAGCGAAUACAUAGUGCUGCAUUUGUGUCUACAGCUGGAGGUCGCAAACGCGCCACUCCCCUCAUCAGCUCCUGCGCUGCGAAGGUCACAACUCAUAGAUCAAUAGCCUAAAAAUAUCAUUUCAAAUGCGCAGGCUAUUCUGGGCCAAGCAAACAUGCCGUGUCUACUUGGUACAAACCGACCACCCGAGGCUGUUAAUAUUGGAGGCAAACACCACACCAUUAGGGGGACAAAUGUAAUCUUUUUUUCUUUCUUCAUGUUUACACAUACAAUCAUUGAUGCGCUAAGUGGUGUAUUUUGGAAAGCCAAUCUUGUGUUUGAAGUGAGGGAGCAAUUGUUCAGACUGCAGGGAAUACAGGCCUAAUCCUGAUAUUUCCACAGGCCCUAACUGUAGUAAGCAAAUUUUCAACACACUAGCUUAGAAAAUGUAUUUGCAACCAUCUACUGAGAAUUGACAUCUGUUUUGACAGAGCAUUUCAACUGUCAUAUCAGUGUAAUCACGCAUACUUGCAAGUUAAGACACUGACACCAGAAGCCCUGUGAAAAUAAUUAGUCAAGUGUUUGCUUUCAGGCUGAACUAAUAGAGCCCGCAGAUCAGAAAACAGCUUUGACAGCUUUUACGUGUCCCUUAUUAGCUGCAUUAAAACCAUAACAUGCUAACAUACAAUUACAAAACAAAUGUUACAAUGUUUCUUUUCAGUUCCUCUCUAAGGCAUAAUAAUACUCUCAUGUUCAGCAAUGGGAAUUAAAAGGAAGAUGGCAUUCAAAGAACAUGUACACUAGUGCAGAAUAAUUUAGAAAUUGUGACUGAACUUAAGCAUUUCAACUGCAGGACUUACCGGGAGAAUACAUGGUCCAUGUCUAAAUUAGUAAAAAAAGAUAGUAAAGCUACUAGCAACACAACUAUGUCAAAUAGAUUAACAUGUAAAAGGGAUAAAAGUGAAGUUAAAGUAUUUGGUUCGAUGGAAGACAACUCUAGAUUGCCACCAACUUCAGAAACAAGGAACGAAACGUUCUCAACGCGGCAGAGGGGAAAUGGAAUAAUGUUGCUAAUGCCACCUAGGCUUGAACAUUGAUUACUAUGGAGUGGAGGCAAAAGACUUAGCUACUCUAAACCUCUCGGAGUUUCUCUACCCUGGAGCUCAAUUUAUUGACCAUGCACUCAGCAAAGCAGAAAGUAAGUAAAGAGAGAGACAGGGCAUGUUAAAUCUCUUUAGAUAAGAGGGAAGUAACAGGCACUCAAGGACUCAAUCAAGUGAGCCCUGUAGAAUUCAAAUGAGAGGCCCAAAAAGCAGAACUGAUGGAGGCAAGUGUUCCUGAUGCAGCUUCUCCCAGGAGAGAACAGCGCUCUCUUGUUGGAUUAUUAGCACUGGCCUCUGAAGUCAGCACUAAUAUCAGUGACUGAGAUACAUUCUUAUGGUGUGUAAACCCAAUGGAAAAUGGAAGGUGAACUGGAAUUCAAUGGGAUUAUCCUAAAAAUGGUUUGAUCUCUGAAUGGUUAAAGGUUUACAGAUAAAGCAUAAGGAAAUAUGAAAUUUCGUUGACACAGCCAGCUACUAUCAUAUUUACUGAUUUGUAAUGUUUAUACGGCAGGAUUAUAUGGUCUAAAAAAAUAAAGGCACUUCCUUUUUCUCUAGCACACUAUAUAUUUAAUAUUUGUAGGUCUAUAUUAUUUGUAGUCAAGGUAUAUAUUAGUUCAUUUUUAUUGCUAAGGAAGCUGUGCUGGUGCAUUAGAUACAACAGCUAAAUUUAUCCAUCCUCUACAGUCAAAAGCAUCCGUUUGUC